CCACUCGCCAUGUCCGAAGCGCUCGCUCUGAAAGCCACCGACCUCGCUCCGGGCCAGAACCUCGCGCACCUCCUCCCCCCAAGCUGGAAGGAGGUGAUCCCCUCCUGGUUCGCGGAGGACACCCCCUCGUUCGACUGGGCGGGCUUCGUCGUUGGCGAGGACGAGCAGGAGGCGAUUUUGUGGGGCAAGAGCGGCGGCAUUGUCGCCGGCGUCCCCUUCUUCACCGCCAUCUUCGCCUACGUCAACUGCACCGUCGAGUGGCUCGUGCCGGAGGGCACAGAGAUCCCGGCCGGCUCGAAGACCAAGGUGGCGAUCGUGCGCGGCCGCGCGCGCGAGCUCCUCCUCGGCGAGCGCGUGGGGCUCAACAUGCUCGCGCGGUGCUCGGGCAUCGCUACGGCGUCGCGCAAGUUCCGCGAUAUCGCACGCAAGGAGGGCUGGCACGGCGUUGUCGCCGGCACGCGCAAGACCACGCCAGGCUUCCGCCUCGUGGAGAAGUACGGGAUGCUUGUCGGCGGCGUCGACCCCCAUCGCCACGACUUGAGCUCCAUGGUCAUGCUCAAGGACAACCACAUUUGGGCGCAUGGCUCGAUCACGGAGGCCGUCAAGGCGGUGCGCCGCGUCGCGGGCUUCAGCUUGCUUGUGAACGUCGAGUGCCAGAGCUACGACGAGGCGGACGAGGCGAUCGCGGCGGGCGCGAACAUUGUCAUGCUGGACAACAUUGAGGGCGAGGGCCUGCACUCGGCCGCGAAGCGGCUCAAGGACAAGUGGCGCGGACAGCGCGAGUUCCUCAUCGAGACAUCGGGCGGGAUUGUCGAGGGAUCGCUCGCCGGCCACCUCGGGCCGGACAUUGACAUUCUCAGCACGUCCGCCGUGCACCAAGGUCUCGGGCACGUCGACUUCAGCCUCAAGAUCCAGCCGAAGAAGUAGGGCAAGAAGGGUGAUGCAUGGCUCGCAGUCUACGUUAACAGGUAUUAAUACAGGCUCGUGUUG